AUGCAGAGCCAAACACCGAAACUCGAGAUCGGUAAGUCUGCCGAAGAAGGAGAGAUGGCCUGCCUCUCGAAAUCCUUAGGUUUUCAGCGUGAAGUGAUUUCGAUCCAUGUUGGACAAGCCGGAGUACAAAUGGGCAAUGCUUGUUGGGAGCUGUACUGUUUGGAACAUGGCAUCCAGCCGGAUGGUAUCAUGCCUGAAGAUGAUACUGUUGGCCUUGAGGACGACUCAUAUAACACAUUUUUUGCUGAGACAAUGUCUGGCAAACAUGUGCCGAGGGCUAUAAUGGUGGACCUGGAACCGACACCAAUCGAUGAGAUCCGCACCGGUACCUACAAACUUUUAUUCCAUCCGGAACAAUUGGUGACCGGUAAGGAGGAUGCGGCGAACAACUACGCCCGUGGUCACUACACCAUUGGCAAAGAACUCAUCGACGUAUGCAUGGAUCGAAUCCGACGACUAGUGGAAGCAUGCAAAGGACUGCAGGGUUUCCUCAUAUUCCAUUCGUUUGGGGGAGGUACAGGCUCAGGAUUCACAUCACUUCUUAUGGAACGGCUAUCGGUUGAUUACGGCAAGAAAAGUAAGCUGGAAUUCUGCAUCUACCCAGCACCGCAGGUUUCCACAUCGAUGGUUGAACCGUAUAAUUCCAUUCUCACCACUCAUACCACUCUUGAGCAUUCGGACUGUUCCUUCAUGGUGGACAACGAAGCCAUUUAUGACAUAUGCAGACGAAAUUUGGAUCUUGCUCGUCCCACCUACACAAAUUUGAAUCGUCUCAUCGCUCAGGUGAUCAGCUCCGUCACAGCUUCGUUACGUUUCGAUGGCGCUUUGAAUGUCGACUUGACUGAAUUUCAAACUAAUCUCGUACCGUAUCCACGCAUUCACUUCCCUCUGACCACCUACGCACCAAUCAUCUCUGCAGAAAAGGCAUUCCAUGAGCAGAUGACGGUCGGCGACAUCACGCAGCAAUGUUUCGAGCCUGGAGCCCAAAUGGUGAAGUGCGAUCCUCGACGAGGAAAGUACAUGGCUUGCUGUCUGCUUUUCCGCGGCGACGUGGUACCAAAGGAUGUGAAUGCGGCCAUAGCGGCUGUGAAAACAAAACGUACAAUUCAGUUUGUGGAUUGGUCACCAACUGGUUUCAAAGUUGGCAUUAACUACCAGCCACCAACGGUGGUACCAGGAGCCGAUCUCGCCAAGCUGCACAGAGCAGUGUGCAUGCUUUCCAACACUACCGCCAUUGCUGAAGCUUGGGCAAGACUCGAUCACAAAUUUGACCUGAUGUAUGCGAAGAGAGCCUUUGUGCACUGGUAUGUCGGAGAAGGAAUGGAAGAGGGAGAAUUCAGUGAGGCUCGAGAAGAUUUGGCAGCUCUUGAAAAAGACUACGAAGAGGUGGGAAUCGAUUCGUCUGAAGGUGAAGAAGAAGACGAAUACAGUCAAUACUGA